CUUCCUCCCCUCAUGCCAACACAGAGGUCUGCAAGACGCUCUCAGAGUAGCCAGGGCUGUCGAUGUGUACAUCUGGACGGGGAGAGUUGUGUAGCAUGCGAACGGUUUAGGCUCCAGUGCGUGCCAAUAAAGGGCCCAAUUCGAUCAACAACUAUUCAAGUACGCGCAGCAGUACGCACCUGGCGACUUCGAUGCGAUACAAGCAGGGGUGGGCUUCUGUCAGACCGGUUUUCUUGGUUCGCUUGUGACACCAUCUCUUCAGUUAUACUCCCUGCCGUCCAAGAAUUAGCGGAGCUGCACGAGGAGCAUCGGACCAGUGGGGGUGACGACGACAUUGGGCCUGAAGUCGGGGAAGAAAGCUCUAUGGAGUUCCAACCCGAGUUCCUCGCCUCUCCGAGCGUGGUCUUUCAAGAUAUUUUUCCAGAAUGCACGCCUCAUGACGUGGAGAGACCCCCUCCUGGACUCAAGAUACUGGCUGAAGCACUCGGCCUGACGCUCACUGGGGCUACUGCGCGGUGCCACCUGAAUCCUUUGAGUGACAUAUGUCGCUCCGGCCUUCGUCACCAGGAGCACACAAUGAUUCGCUCCGCUGAAACUGGGUGGUUAUACCGAUCUAUUGUUAUGAGAUGUCAAUGGCUGUGA